UCCACCUCUCCAGAACAAAUGAACUGGGGUGGGGGUAGGAGGGAGGCCAUUUUCCUGAACCUGUUUUCAGACUCAGCACUUAGAGCAGAACCAGGAAGCUUCUGGGAGCCAGAGAGGACUGAGAGAGGUUCAGGAGGGUGGAGACCAGAGUGGGGAAGAACCCGGGCCGGGGGAAUGAGCCGGGCAGGUGGAAUGAGACCUCCCCGGAACCAGGAGAGAUCUCCAGAAGAAAGUCUGCCCACUGCCACUGAACCCAGUGGACAGUGGUCCGUGGUCAAGAGGGUGCUAAUGGCUGGCCUGCUUUUCAGUGUGCUCCUUGGUUUCUCUGUGCUUUUGGUGUACAUCUUCCGGAGCUGUGGCCCUCGUAAGCAUGAUCCUGGAAGCCCCCAACCUAGUCAGCCCUUCCUCAUCGGGGGAAGCCUCUGCCUGCCUGGCAACCCCGAGGCUUUGUGCCUUGGACUUACUCACCACUUACCCUACCUGACCCACUCCUCUCUCCCCACUUCCCAACUUCUUCCUCCCCAUCUGCUCCUGGUCUUGGCUUCCUCACAGGGUCCCUCUCCCCUUUCUUCACCAGGCAUUCCUUUACCUAGCCCCUUGGGGGAGCCCUGUCCCUUUCUCUUUCUCUCUCCCUCUCCCAGUUCUGAGCGUUUCCCCACAGGCCCCUGUACGACUCCUGUGUGUUGGGAUCUCCUGGCUCGUUACCUGGCCUCUGGAAACACCAGUGUGGCCCCCUGCACCGAUUUCUUCAGCUUUGCCUGUGGACAGGCCAAAGGGACCGAUUAUUCUUUCCAGGCUCUUGCAGAGGAGAAUAAGAGCCGACUUCGGAGAAUACUGGAAGCCCCAGGUUCCUGGCACCUGGGCUCUGGAGAGGAGAAAGCCUUCCAGUUCUACAGGUCCUGCAUGGACACAGAUGCCAUCGAAGCUGUUGGGGCUGCCCCCCUCAGACAAGUCAUUGAGGAGCUUGGAGGCUGGCGAAUCUCCGGUAAUUGGACUUCCUUAGACUUUAACCGAACUCUGAGACUUCUGAUGAGUCAGUAUGGUUAUUUUCCAUUCUUCAGAGCCUAUCUACGACCUCGUCCCACCCCUCCAUACUCGCCAGUCAUCCAGAUAGACCAGCCAGAGUUUGAUGUUCCCCUCAAGCAAGAGCAGGAACAGAAGAUCUAUGCUCAGAUUGUGCGGGAAUACGUGACUUAUCUGAACCAGCUGGGAACCUUGCUGGGAGGAGAACCAAACAAAGUGCAAGAACAUGCCUACCUAUCCAUCUCCAUUACCUCGCAGCUGUUUCAGUUUCUAAGGCCCCUGGAGCAGCGGCGGGCACAGGGAAAGCUCUUCCACAUGGUCACUAUUGACCAACUGCAGGAAAUGGCUCCUGCCAUCGACUGGUUGUCCUGCUUGCAAGCAACAUUCACGCCAAUGCCGUUGAGCCCUUCCCAGCUUCUCUUGGUCCAUGACCUGGAGUAUUUGAAAAACAUGUCUCAACUGGUGGAAGAGCAGCUGUCGAAUCACAGAGACUUUCUGCAGAGCCAUAUGAUCUUGGGGCUGGUGAGGACCCUUUCUCCAGCCCUGGACAGUAAAUUCCAAGAGGCACGCAGAUCAUUGAUCCAGAAACUGGGGGAGCUGACCGAAAGACCACCUAUGCCUUCCCGCCCUCGAUGGAUGAAGUGUGUGGAGGAUACAGGAACCUUCUUCAAGCCUACUCUGGCAGCCUUGUUUGUCCGUGAGGCCUUCAACCCGAGCACCCAAAGUGCUGCUAUGGAAUUAUUCACUGCAAUCAAGAAUGCCCUCAUCAGCCGCCUCAGAAGGAUUCCCUGGAUGGAUGAGAAUACCUGGAAAGAGGCCCAGAACAGGGUCACCCAACUGCAGGUGAAGAUGGGGGCCCCAGAAUGGGCCCUGGAGCCAUCACAGGCCAGACAGGAAUACAACGAUAUACAGCUUGGACCCAGCUACCUGCAGUCCUUCCUGAGCUGUGUCCGAUCCCUCCAAGCUAGAAUUGUCCAGAGCUUCUUGCAGUCUUUCCCCUACCACAGGUGGCAGGUAUCCCCCUGGGGGGUCAAUGCUUAUUAUUCAAUACCUGACCAUGUGGUGGUCUUCCCAGCUGGACUCCUCCAACCGCCAUUCUUCCACCCUGGCUACCCCAGAGCCGUGAACUUUGGCGCUGCUGGCAGCAUUAUGGCCCAUGAGCUGUUGCACAUCUUCUACCAGCUCUUACUCCCUGGGGGCUGCCCGGCCUGUGACACCCGUGCCCUACAGGGGGCGCUGCUGUGCAUGAAACACCACUAUGAGACCAUUCCCUUACCCAAUGGAACCUCCUUCAAUGGAUCUCGGACAUUCCUGGAGAAUGCUGCAGACAUUGGGGGGCUGGCCAUUGCACUGCAGGCAUAUAGCAAAAGGCUGUUAUGGCACCAUGGGGAGACCACACUGCCGAACCUGGACCUCAGUCCUCAGCAACUCUUCUUCCGAAGCUAUGCCCAGGUGAUGUGUAGGGAGCCUGGCACCCAGGAGCCCCAGGAUCCUCACAGCCCACCCACCCUUCGAGUCCACGGGCCACUCAGCAACACCCCAGCUUUUGGCAGACAUUUCCACUGUCCACACGGUACCCUCUUGAACCCCUCUAGCCACUGCCAACUCUGGUAGCCUGGCUACCACAGAGACUUCAAUCAGGUGUCACAACGUCUCCCUGCUCCGUCCAUAGAAUUAGGCGGCAAUUGCCUCUUUCCCUUCCAAAAAUAAAAGCUGGCA